AACAGGUUAUAUAAAGCCUCACUCACCUAAACUAUACAAUUGUUUUGUGUGACUAAUUGACGUUCACAUUAAACGGGUCAGGCAAGCUUUGCAUGUUUGAUGAAGCUGUGCAACGAUUCAUUGACGUUGUUUCUCUUCUCGUGAUGGCUCUAACUCUGUUUGUUGUUUUUAUACUUCUGCUUUCUAAUCACGAGGCUGAUGGGAUCCUGCGCUUUGCCUCCUACUAUGGAGACCAUAUGGUCCUGCAGAAGUCUCCAGAGAGAGCGGUGCUGUGGGGCUAUGGCCCUGAAGAUGCCCAGGUCUUCCUCGUCUUGAUCGGACCAACAAAUCAGAAAGCUUCACCUGUCAAUGUGAAAAAAGGCCAGUACAACCUGUUGUCAUAUGUGAAGACAUGGGCAGAUAUGACAGAAACCACAUAAUUCAUAAGUUGUUCACAACUAUCUUUUACAGGACUGACACAGUUACUAUGUCACACAAUUUAAAAAAAAAAAAAAAAAAAAAACUGAACUAAAGACCAUGUUUCACUCUGAACGGCAUUAAACUUCCUCAUAUGCAUGGUGUCUAGAAAUGCCUCUCUAAUCACCUCCUUCUCAAUCUGCAUACAGCCCUUAUAAAUUACAUUUUAUUUGUAGACAAAUAUCACAAGUUUGCCAAAAGGAGCUUUAUAAUCUUAUUAAGAACUGCCCUUAUACCCCCCCCCAAAAAAUAGUUUGAUAUUAAUGACUGACUUUACAGGUAUCUGGAGGGUCACCAUUGACCCUGUUGAAGCUGGUGGUCCCUACACUGUGAUAGUAGCCACUGAGAAUAGCACAGCCACUCUGACUGAUGUGCUGUUUGGAGAUGUUUGGCUGUGUGGAGGACAGAGCAACAUGUACUUUAAUAUGACGCAGAUUUUCAAUGCAUCCGAGGAGCUGGCCAUUGCAGCAAAGUUCCCCCAUGUGAGAACUUUUAUGGCAGGAUUGAUACAGAGUAAAACGGAGCUCACUGAUUUGACUAAAGUGGAACUUCCCUGGGCCGUGCCUACAGAAGAAUCUGUGGCACCUUUCUCUGCAGUGUGCUGGCUCUUUGGUCGUUACAUGUACAAGUACCUGAAUUACCCAAUAGGACUGGUUGAGUCCUGUUGGGGAGGCACACCUGUUGAGGUCUGGUCAUCUUCAAGAGCACUGAAACAUUGUGGACUGGAGGAACCUGAAGAUGGUCCUAAAGGAAAUUCUUUGUUGUGGAAUGCAAUGAUUCAUCCACUGCUUAACAUGACCAUUAAAGGAGCCAUCUGGUACCAAGGUGAGGCAAAUACAUACUAUCAUACAGACGAGUACAACUGUUCCUUCCCUGCUAUGAUCGAUGACUGGAGGAUGGCGUUUCACCAGGGCUCAGGGGGGCAGACGGCACCAGACUUCCCGUUUGGAUUUGUCCAGCUGUCCACAGACAGAAAAGGCUCAGCUGAUGACGGCUUUCCGGACAUCCGCUGGCACCAGACAGCAGACAUUGGCUAUGUUCCUAACGGCAGGAUGAAGAGAACCUUCAUGGCAGUGGCUUUGGAUUUACCAGAUGAGACCUCUCCCUACGGCACGAUCCAUCCCAGAGACAAGCAGGAUGUAGCCUACAGACUGACAUUAGGAGCAAGGGCUGUGGCUUAUUAUGAGAAGCAUGUGCCCUUCCUUGGACCUUUCCCUCAACAAAUAUUUUCAGGUGCAACUUAUGUCAACAUUACCUAUGACCAGAACGUGUCUGUCACACCAUCUAAAGUCAUCUUUGAGAUCUGCUGCUCUGGGACUCAGGAUCCAUGUGGACCUACGUCUAAAUGGGUUCAAGCACCCAUCAUGCAAUGGGGUCCAAUGACUGUCCAGUUAUCUGCCCAACUCUGUCCAGUUACUGAUGUGGUUGCUGCCCUCCGGUAUGCAUGGAGAGACUGGCCUUGUGACUUUAAAGCUUGUCCAAUCUACAGUGCCAGUGGGAUUUUACCUGCACCUCCUUUUCUUAUCAACCACUAUCCAGGCGAAGACAAUAUAUGGAUAAACUAGUAACUCAGACACUACAAGACAGAGUAAUAUAACAAAGUAGCCUUUUGUGAAAUUGCUUAAGUUGAUAGGACACUAGCCUGUGCCUGAUUGGAUGAUGCUGUAAGUGAUGAUGGAGGUUUUCAUUGCUCUGAAUGUAUGCAAUGUAAAUGCUCUGAUAAAGCAUCCAGCCAUACGAAGGAUGUUUAAUUUCCUUUGAUUUUGUUUAUUUUGUAUCAUUGUUUUUAUGAUUGGUUUGACACUAACCAAUCAAUUUUGAAAAAACUUAAAUGAGUGAAAAUACAAAAGCAGCAGACUGAAGUCUGGAGUACCAAAGGAAAAAUUGUUACUUUGGAAAAAUUGACCUUUUGCAGAAUAUUAAUGAUAUUAUUUUUUUUGAUGCAUUAAUGUAUCCCUCAUUUUGUUGUCACUGCUACAGCUGGAGCUAAUCCUAUUUGAGUAAUAUAGAAAUUGUUUGAAUUCAUUUUUUUUACAUAGCCUACAUAUAGCCAGGUCACAUAAGAUAUUUUGACAAAUAAUGUAUUCAUUCUAUUUUGCAUUAUAAAUCUGAAUCUGAUAAAUAACUAGCAAACAAACUUCAGAUUUUCUAUAAAUUCUGUGGAGUAAGAAGUAUUUUUUUAAGGACAAGAAGGCUUUUUAAAAUUUGUACAGAACAUAUAGGCUACUGUAAUUUAUAACUUUCACCCACUCAGUCGUUAAAUGUAAAAAAGUCAACUAUAGCUUGUUAAGCUAAUAUAAGAUGUAAGAAUUGUGUUGCCUAACGGUCCAGUUUGAAGGUGAUUCAUGUCGUGUUGCUCUGUGGGUAAUGUGUUUUAUCACCUGUUGUCUUGACGCGCGUUCCUAACGGAGUGUGUCCAGUAGCGGAGCACUCGGCGACGGAAAUCUGUCAUAGUGACGGAGAACCUCACCUACCCUGUGACUAUAUGAAUGUGAAAUGAGUUGUGUUUUAUCAUGUUUACAUCAUGAGUCAGUCUUAAUGACUUUGUUUAUUUUGCACAAAUUAAAGACAAAUAUACUACUGA